AUGUCUGCAGUUCUCGAGUCUCAGGUGUUUGAUGAUGACCUGAAUGAUUUUAUGAAUGAUGACAAUGACAAAGAAUCUGUCUUUGAGGUUGGUGGUGAAACCAGGAUAGCUCCUGAAGUUAUCAAUAUUGAAGAUCUUAUCUGUCUAACAAACGCUACAUCCAAUCCUAUUCGAUCCUUGUGUAUUGAAUACACACAUGAUCUGCUAGAAUAUCCGAAAACACAUGAAAAAGGAUAUACCUAUGUAGUUCAAACUGGGGAUUUGACGGCAGAAGAAGUCAAGAUGAUGAUGAAUGAUAUUCAAUACUGCAAGAGUCAACUGCAUCCUCCAAAGCAAAUCUUCUCUCGACAAGGGAUUCAACAGGUGGAGGAGGAUAUCACAAAGCGGAAUGCCUUGAAUUUUGCUCGGUCAAUUAAACAUCUUUUCACCAUGGGAAAAGCAUGUUUCGAAGCAUCUUCAACUUGUCAACCAAUAUUUCGGCGCCAUCAGCAACCUGACAUUACAGGUUAUCAUACACCUUUUGUAAUCUGUAUAAAUGCCUCUCAAAAUCCCUCGGCCCACUUCUACCGAAAUACUCAAGGUCAUACUCAAUUAAAUAUCUCUUUUUUAGAGGAGAUAUUUGAGAGUGGUUUGCUUCAUCCUACUGAGAAAUGUGGAGUAAUGGAGCAGAUGCAGAGCCAUCGUAAAGUGUGUGUUAACCUGACAAACUGUCCAUAUAUGUUAUUUAUAUCUCAUGGACAGCAUAAACAUCCUCCACCUCCUCCUAACAAACCUCCUGCAACAAUUAUGAAACGAAUUGUCCAUCUUAUUAAGGAAAUAAGAGAGUCAAAUAUGACUCUUUCAACUUUUCUUAAAAGUCCAGCCCUGGAAGCAUUCUGCCAUCAAUAUAAUAGUCCAACCCUGCCUGAAAUCCACCAAAGCUUUACAAAUAUGGAUCGUUUUCGUGCUAUUAUAAAAAAGCAGCAAUUACUUGCUUAUUCCGCUGGACAAGAGUAUAAUGGUGUACGGUUUGAAUUAGAACGCAACCCUAAACUGAAGGAGUAUAUCCAGGAACUCUAUCAUGAUGAAGAGGGCUUAAUGAUAGUUUGUAUGUACAAGGAGCAAGCAGAGCUUCUUCUUACAUUAUCAUCUGUUGAGAUUGAUAUGUCAUAUAAGCAUCUGAAAUUCUCACAAAUGAAUGAAGUGGUCUUUGCAACAUAUCUUCCACUUCAUGAAAAAAUUGUUACACUCUGCCGUGUUUUUACUGAACAGAAAAGUCCAGAGGGAUAUUAUCACUUGUUUAAACGUGUCUUUGAUAUUGUUCAAAGAUUGACUGGAAAGCAAGUUACCUUUCAUUAUAUUCAAGGAGUGGGGCUUCGAGCUUUGAUAAUUGAUAUGUGUAAUAAACAAAUGGCUGGUCUUGCUAGAUAUCUAGCUGAGCUGGAUCCUCAAAAACAUCAUUUUUCCUGGCAACUAAAGAAUAUAGUCAUAUUCUGCCAUGUUCACUUCUUUAGAAGUAUUUCAAAUCUGGUUAAAUCAGAAAAUCAACAUAUCUCUGUUUAUAACAGAAUGACAAGUCUCUUAAACUGCAAGUCAAAGGAGCAGUAUAUGGAGCUUUGUGAUCUAUUGAUUGCAAAUGAAUCAAAAAAGAUCCAGAAUUGGGCCAAACAUAAAAAAAGAAUGGUUAUUGCUGCAGGGUUGAAUAAAUUCUGUAGUUUAAUACCUCAUUCCAUUUAUGAUUCUGUGAGAAAUCAUAUCAAUGCUGCUGAGCAGAUUCAUAAUAAGUCAUAUGCUUUUGACAAAGCACAGGCACUGCUUCCAGCUGUUUUAUGUGUCCGAAAAUUGGAUAAGCUUGAUAUUAUGCAGCACAAGGCCCGCCAGACCCACGGUAUCCAUCAUGAAUACCGUGAUGAUAAUAUGCAAGCACAUUAUCAACAGCAUAUUACACGAGAAGAAAUACUUAAAAAACGCAAGCGAACUGAGCAGGCUAGUGACUUUGAUGAUAUUUUUUUUCUCAAACCCGUCGAAGAACACCAGGUGGACGAGCAAGUAGCAUCCUCACGACGCGGCAGCUCAGAACGGGCAGAGAGUAUCCAAUCAUCACCCAGUCUUCAUCGUGUUGCCUCUGCCAAUCUUCUAGGUCAAGACUGGGAUCUGCAACAAAGUCAAAUUGAUAUAAAGAGACAGUGGUUGGAGCUUCAAAAGAUGAAAGAAGAGCUAAGAGCGAAAAAACUAGCCAAUGACGAGAAAGAGCUAGAGUUAAUAGAGAAAAGAAGAAAACUACAGACAGAAUAA